AUGCCGACGCUAUCGAUACUGAUUCGGUCGCCCAAGUCACCCCGGCAAUCCCAUUUCGUCUGUAACAUAGUACCUGCAUCGACCCACAUUCCUGCCACCCCUUGGGAACCUCGGAUAUCAAGCGAGCUGUGCCAUGACGAAUUGAAAGCCAGAAUCCGUCGCCGCGGAACUCGACGAGCAUGCGAUCCUUGUUCUGUCCGCAAAGUACGCUGUGACGGCAACCAGCCUUGCUCACGAUGUGAAGCAGCAAGCUGGGAGUGUACCUAUCUCAAGACCCAUGGGAAGUCUGGACCAAAGGGACCCCGAAGGACGACGGAAGCCGCCAUCAGAAGACUCCAGGAGAGGAGCAAGAGCACUCAUGAGGAUUCGAGGAGCAACAGCGAGGCCAGUUUCGACGCUGCAAGUCCAGUCACUGCCGAGUUCCCCUACAUUGAACCCUUCCCAUCCCUAAGCAAGCCGGAUCUGGAGGUGAAGGGUUGGCCCGAUGGAGUCAGUCCAAUUCCCCCGAGUGUAACUAGCGAGCCCCAGAGAAUAUCAAUCUCGUGCAUUUCGCAAUACCUCGAGAUAUAUCAGACCAGAGGUUACGGUAUAUGGCCUGUCGUCGACACCGAGACCUUGGUAGCUCGUCUGUUGACCCACCCCGACGAUUUGGAAGCGUACGCACUUGCCACUGCCAUCUGCGCUGCCAUAGUGAGCCAAUUCUCAAUCGACGUCCAACCUGGAAGCCCCGUAGAGGGUCACUAUCGCGUCUCGUCUGGCACUUUUGAAUCCGAGGCGAAGAAGGCACGCAAUGAGUCAGACCAUAUGGAGAACGUCACAAUCUACUCGUUACUCGGCAGCUUCUUCCUCCACGUAUACUCUGCCAAUGUCGGCCGCAUGCACGUCUCUACGGUUCUACUUGGAGAAGCCAUCACGAAAGCACACAUGGUCGGUUUGCACAAGACAUUGUACUACAAGAGUAUGACGCCUGAGCAAACGCAACAUGCCUUGAGGAUAUACUGGCUAUUGUUUAUCACGGAGAGGGCACAUUCCCUGCAACAUGAUGUACCAACCAUGUUGAAGCGGGCUCCGGAUCUGGCCCCUCUGGAGAACCUCAACGAUGGAUCUGUCACGCCUGCAUUCGUGCAGCUCUGCCGUCUCUUCAAUAUUCUGGACGUCACAAUCACCGCCGAUCCUGGCACAGCUCGCAAUGCACUUACUCUUGCCCAAAAGCAACUCAGUUGCGAUGAGGCGUCCCUGAGUCUGGAGAAUGAACUUCAGCGAGCCGACAUCACCAUGACCCAGCAAUGGAUGCGAAUAUUCUUGUGGCAGCACGCGCUGAACGUCACCAAGAUGAGCAGCGAGCACCAGAAUGAAGAGUUCUCCUUCUCUUUCCCUGCCAAAGUUGCCCAAACUGUCUUGAGCAAUCUGAGUAGCCUCUCCAGACAGAGCAUCGAGGCGCACGGCCCAGGCAUGGAAUCAAAGCUUUUCGACGUUGCAAACUCGCUCGCGGAUGUCAUGAUGAUUAUGCCCUCCAUGAAUCACGAAUCCCAUUUCGGUAUCGGACCACGAGACCUAAUCCACUCGCUUUCCCAGGUUCUUGCGGGAUUUCGCGGCGGUAAUCCGGCUGUCAUAGGAAUUCUGCAGGAGAAAUUGGACACGCUCGGUCUUUCUCAUGGAUCACCACAGAAAUUGCUGGAGCUCUCCUCACCGGAGGAGGAAAGAGAGGAAUGGCACGAUAGGACGGUGUCUACACCAUCCAGCUUUCCAAAAUUCACCGAUCGUAGCCCUGAGUCACCAAACUUUCCUACGAGCCUGAGUAUGGAUGGGAACUAUUGA